AGGGUUUUUGGCGAGAGGUCGGAUGGCGAAUGCGGCUUCUUCCCGCGCUUAUUAGACGGUCGCGUGUACGCGCUGCAGUUCUGCGCGAUGGUUUGGAGGCAUCGGAGACUAUUCGCAAGUACGCGUUCGAUUUCGGCUCGUCUGGACAUCAAGAAUGUGAUCUCGUCGAAUUGGGAUAUGCUGUGAGGUUCAAAUAUGGAGUUCAAAGUAGCGGGCGGCAGACGAACAUCGUUCGGAGAUGCAUCAGAUGUUGGGGGAGUUCAGAGCAGGCUGUCGUUUUACUCCAAUUCGUCCGAUGUCGAUGUUUCUUUGGAGGAUUUCGAGCAGUUUGCAAUGGACAGGCUUCGUGUCUUGAAAGGAAUAGAAGAGGGCAGAACGCGAGGAAGGAAGGCUGAAGAAAUUGACGCAUUGGUGGUCGACCUUUGGCGAAAGCAUAUGCGGACUCCAAAUGCAGCAGACAUCGCGACGAAGGACAUGGUUUCACACUUCGUUCUCCGCUUGGCCUAUUGCCGCACUGAGGAGUUACGCAGAUGGUUUCUUGCAAUGGAAAGUGCUUUAUUCCGAGCCCGCUUCCGUGCUGAGUCCCCUGAAUCUCAGCGAAAAUUUAUGGAAGAUCAGAAGCUACCGUACAAGGCAAUAAGUUCAACUGAGUUUGAGUCUGUGAAAGAGAAAUUGGGGCAAGUUGCACGCUCUUUGAAUCAGCCCGUCCCAACUGCUGACAAUACAUUCUACAAGGUCCCUUUUGAAGAGGUUCCUGAGCUUGUCAGUGCUCGAAGGGUCUACUUGCAACGAGGUUUUGCAUUUGUUCCUCGAGACCAACUCGCGUCUAUCGUUGUUGGCCAGUUUCGUGCCCGUCUUUCGAAGGCUCUUGCCCUGACCAAUAGGUUGUGGACAUCAACUAUAGCCGUUGAAGAAAAAGACAGGCUCACACCGAUUGUGGAGGCUCUGAGCAUGCGAUACCUUGGUGCUGAUUACUCCCAGCCUUCAAAAGGGUUUGUUGGACUUCAGGACUUGGACAAUCUGGCCAAGAACUCUUUCCCUCUAUGCAUGCGGCAUCUUUUUUUCAACUUGCGACAUGAACACCAUCUUAAAUUUGGUGGCAGGCAACAACUCGGACUCUUUUUGAAGGGUAUUGGACUGAAACUAGAAGAUGCUCUAAAUUUUUGGAGGUCCGAAUUCACCGUGAAGUUGAUCAGACGGCUCUACAUCCUGAAUCUACCAAGAUGGCUUGUUGAAGUGGUGCAGAUGACUACGGAAAAAUUUGAUAAGGAGUAUGGUUACAGCAUAAGACAUAAUUUUGGCAAGGAAGGCAAGCGUGUUGAUUACACUCCAUAUUCUUGCAUGAAAAUUAUUACAUCCACACCUGGCGUCGGAGAUCAUCAUGGAUGUCCUUACCGACAUUUCAGUCAGGAGAACCUUCGCUCUGUGCUCGAAGAUCAGCAGCUGAGCUCCAGAACUGUAGAUGCAGUAAUGGAAAAAGUUCGAAAUCGUCAUUACCAGCUCGCGUGUGCGACCACCUUUGAGGCCAUACACGGGUGUCCGAGCGAUGGAAUAAAUCAUCCCAAUCAAUACUUUGAGCAAAGUCGAAGAGCAUUGCAAGGUGGUGGCCAGGCAGAGAAUACAUCAUCAUCCAACGGCCUGCAAUCGGUCCCUCUUCCGGCGCACCACGACCCUCCGCAUCCUGUCGAAAGAGGAACGCUGCCCAUUCCCGGUCCCUAACGCGUACUUUCCUUUCCGGUCUCUCAUCCUCUCGGUUCUCCUCAGCGUAUGCCUGUCCGAACGCACGCUCGUAUUGAUAUUGAUGUGAUCGGCAGAGGCUCUCCGAGUUGUAUGUAGCCGAGCGGAGGCGAGCCGAGCCGCUGCCCACUGCAGUGAACGUAUCCGCAUCCGCAUCGGUCCAUCGGUCCAUCGGUCGAAGGUGAUGCUUCCGUCUCCAACGGCUCAUGAGACCCACUGUGUAACAUAAGUACAGAGUAGCUGGCCGACUCGCCCGACUGGAGGAGGCAACGGCCGAAGAGAUCCACAUGUUCUAGUUUUAGGCGGCACAGGCAUCAGCAGUAGAAUAGAAAUGAAUCUAGCACAACUCCUUCCGUCCGACACUCCGGCCUUCUUGGGGCGAUGGGGUCUCAGGUUGUGUUGAAUUCGGUGAGUGAGUGGUUAUUGUAGCUGUAGGAUCUAUAAAAGGAAGCCGGAAGGCGUGGACCAUUGCUUUUGGAUCACAGAAGCCCGGCUCCAAGAGGGAGGAAUAGUAUAUGUAUAUGCCCAAGACGACGUUGAAUAACUUGGCCCGCUUGAACUGACACAGAGAGAGGUCCGGUUGGCGUGUUCGGAGUGGUGUUGUAGAGCCUCGAACUGCAAGAGGUUACGCAGAUAAUGUAUUUUCCGGGAGGAAAUAUUGAGACGAUAUCUCCCAAUAAAA